GCUCAAAUGAUGUUAAAAGAGUAAAUGGAGUUGAUUUAAGUGGUAUUCAGAAUCAAUUACAAGAAAAUGCUCAACAAAUUGCUACUUUAACUACCCUUGUGUCUAAAAUUGUUGCUAGUAACGAGUCUAAAGCUAGAGUUUGUGGAAUUUGUUGUAAUGAGUCUCAUUCUACUGAUAAAUAUCCUGAAUUGCAAUCUGAAGAUGUGAAUGCUAUAGGUGGUUAUUCUGGUCAAAGAAAAUAUGAUCCUUACUCACAGACUUAUAAUGAAGGUCGGAAACACCACCCUAAUCUAAGGUAUGGAAAUAGACCACAACUUCCACAAUCUAAUCAACCAAGGAAAUACGGUCAACCAAAUCCACCACCCCAAUCUGGUCCUUCACUAGAAGAUUUAGUUAAACAACUAACAAAUCAAAUAGGACAAGUCCAUAACCAGGGUGUUGAGUAUCAAAAGAAAACUGACACGCGCCUUCAUCAUAUAGACACUCAAAUAGGUCAGAUUUGCACUUCUCUAAGUAAUCUUGAAACUCAACUUUCAGGUAAACUUCCAUCACAAACAAUCCCUAAUCCCAAUGGUCAUGUUAAAGCUGUCACACUUAGGAGUGGUAAAGUGUUAACUGAACCUAAAAUGAAAAGUCGUGAAGUUGAAAAAGAGAUAGAAGUCAAUCCUGAAGUUGGAUCACGGGAAAUAGUGGAAAGUGAGGGUACUGUGAUGGAUAAUGAAAAAGAAAAUGAAGGGAAGACUAAAACUGAAUCUGAUUAUGUUGUUUCUCGUUUUAAAGGAUUGCCUCCUUUCCCUUCUCGAUUUGCUAAAUCUAAGAAAGAUAGUCUUGACAAUGAAAUUCUAGAAACUUUUAGGAAAAUUGAAGUCAAUAUUCCCCUUCUUGAUGCUAUUAAACAGGUACCUCGUUAUGCAAAGUUUCUUAAGGAACUUUGUACUAACAAAAGGCAUUUUCGUCCUUCUCAAAAGGUAAGUAUGGGGGAAAAUAUUUCAGCUAUUAUCCAAAAGAAGUUUCCCCCUAAGUGUAAGGAUCCUGGCAUGUUUUGUAUUCCUUGCAAGAUUGGUGAUUCUAAGUUUGAAAGGUGUAUGUUAGAUUUAGGAGCCUCCAUUAAUGUUAUGCCGAAAUCUGUUUAUGAUACUUUAAAUGUGGGUUCUUUGUCUAAAACUGAUUUUGUUAUUCAGUUAGCUGAUAGAUCUAACACAUUUCCAAUAGGAGUCUUAGAAGAUGUACUUGUGCAAGUGAAUGAAUUGGUUUUUCCUGCUGACUUUUAUGUUCUAGAUAUGGGUGAUAGAAGUGAUAGUGUUCUACUGUUGUUAGGUAGACCAUUCUUGAAAACUUCUAAGACUAAAAUUGAUGUUCAUGAGGGUAAUCUAACUAUGGAAUUUGAUGGAGAAAUUAUUAAGUUCAAUAUUUUUGAUGCUAUGAGAUACCCAAGUGAUAUCAAUAAUGUCAGUUCUAUAUAUACUUUUGAUGCUUUUGAUUGGAUGGCUCAGGAUGUAUUUGAUAAAUAG